AAUUAUUAAAUUCUUACUGGCAUCUUGUACGAAGACGUAGAAUAUUAUUACGCGAUAUAUACGAUGAUGACCUUGAAAAAGAAUCGCCUUUUACAACGCAUUAAGCAAAGCGAUAAGGGAAUAGAUUCUAUGAAAUGCUCCAUAAUCUCUGAAUGACGCCUUUAUGUUUCAUGUGAUGUAUAAAAAUAUCUGUCACUGGCCGAAACGGGGGGAGUUUGCAUUAUUUCUCCGGCAACCCGUGCGAGAAACACGCGACCGAUGCACAAGCGGUUCACUUAUUUAUCGUGGCCCCGAGCAAACUGAUCGUGAAACAUGUUGUGAAUUUUUCACGGGAAGAUCGUUCUCUCCAAUCCUCCCUCUUCCAUCCCUCUUCCGCUCCACCACAUACCCUUUAGAAAUUCCUACAAAAGGCGUAACACCAGCAACCUCGAUUCCCGUUUAAAAAAUUGAAAGACUAUUUUCUCCGUGGUUCUCGAGCGCCUCUCGAAAUACACGUUGGUUGAACGGUGCGAAACAAGAUGUUGUCUCUGCCGUUGGUGCUUUUACUCUUUCGUCAAUUCUCGCCAGCCAUUGGGUUCAACAUUCUCGGAAUUUGUCCCAGCGCGAGCUACAGCCACCAGCAACCCUUUCAAGCAUUGAUGAAAGCUUUGGCGGCCCGUGGACACAACGUUACCAUGAUAUCAACCAUUCCGUCAAAGAAGUCGAUAAAGAAUUACGAGGACGUCGAUUUGUCGUUUUCCUAUCGAAAACGAGAUUGCACCGGUCUAAGGCACAUGGGGGCGUUCACCCUUUUGCACAAGAACAUGCGAGAGGCGAACGAAUUAUGCGAGGAACAACUGUUCAGCACGGCCAUCACGCACCUAAUUUCAAGAAACAAAACCUUCGACGCUGUGAUUAUAGAACAGUUGUGGUACCAGUGCUACUACGCCCUCGUCAAACAUUACAAUUCGCCGGUUCUAAUCGGAUUUUUGAGCGUCGGCAAUCUUCCCUACGUGAUGGACUCGGUUGGGAAUCCGGACGAUCCCCUGUUGAAUCCCGACAUGGCUUAUCCUUUCACCAACAAAAUGAGCCUGAACGAGCGUAUUUGGAAUAUCCUCUACACAACGUGGACCAGGAUAUAUUAUAAAUACUGGCAUUUGCCUAGGGCGCAGAUGAUCGUUAACAAAUGGAUGCCUGACGUUUCGAUCGAGGACAUCGAUAGAAACUUCAGUCUAGUGAUAUUGGGAAACAAUCACGUAUUCGGAUAUCCGAAACCGCUGCUGCCAAAUGUGAUCGAGGUUCAUAGCCUUCAAAUCACGGAGAAAAGCGAAACUUUACCCAAGGACAUUCAAGAAUUCCUAGACAAAGCGGAGCACGGGGCGAUCUAUUUCUCCCUAGGCUCGAAUCUGCAAACUCAUCAGUUGUCAAUCGCCUCUUUGACCGCAUUGUACAAGGCGCUCGGCUCUCUCAAGCAAAGAGUUCUAUGGAAACACGGCGAAGACGUGGCCAUUCAUCCAGCCAACAUCAAAUUUGUGAAGUGGGCACCCCAGCAAGCGAUUCUCGCACAUCCGAAAGUGAUGGCCUACGUGAUGCAAGGUGGAUUGCAGUCAUUGCAGGAGGCAGUGCACUACUCUGUGCCGGUAGUCGCCAUUCCCUUUUUCGGGGAUCAACUUUUCAACGCACGUAAAAUUCUAGAUGCUGGUAUCGGGCUUACGUUGGACAUCGAUACCAUCACCGAAGAAUCCAUCGUGCAAACCCUUACCAAUGUUAUAGAAAAUAAAACAUAUUACUAUAACAUCAAAGCGAUGUCGGAGAUUGUAAAAGAUGAAUUGAUAAAACCAAUGGAUCGUGCUAUUUGGAAUGUGGAACAUGUGAUUAAAUUUUCCAAAUCAAAACAUUUUCGUUAUUACGGUCACGAUAUCCCGUUGAUUGAUUACUAUGGAACAAUAGUAAUCCUUAGCUUGUCUUUAAUUUUGAUAAUAAAAUACUGUUGUUUGAUAAUUAAUAUUUUUCGAUUUAAAUAUUUCUCGAUUAAAUAUAUAAGAGACCGGAUUAAAUUUUUUGUAAAAUCGAAAUAUUCGAAUAAUUAUGAUAUCCUCGAUAAAAAUAGAUAAUUAUAUUCUAAAAAUUUAUUAUUAUUAUUACUAAAUUCUUAUCUUCUUUUAAAUUUUCGAAUAAAUAUUAUUAUAAUAUCGUUUGUAAGAAUUCUAUUUUAUUGCUUGUUGUUAAAACAUUCAAUUAUUCAGAAUGUUAAAAAUAUCAUCAAUAGAUAAGAAUGGAAAAUUUAUCACAGUUACCAUCAUACGAGAAACAAAAACUAUAAUACCGAUUAUUUGAAAUUAUUACAUUCCUAGACGAGGAAUUGAAUAUCUAUUAUUCCAUAUAACUCUCGUCAUUAGAAAGAGAGUUUUCAUUAUGAAUCCUGAUGUUGAUAUAAAUCAUAGAUAUAAAAUAAAUUUAUUAUCAUUUUAUAGAACUUUAUCUCAUGUAUUCUGAAAUACCGACUUU